UAGUGAGAGGACGCAAAUUUUAAACUGCUGUAGGAAAUCGCUAAUCGCGUGUGAUCAUUAUCGUUUUUCUUUAUUUUUCAAUCGGUUUGUUGUGUCGUUCUGUCUCUUGUUUAGAAACUGUAAAAAGUGCAUUGCAGUGCGUUUCAGUUGACCUCGGGAACCUAUCGCAGACUAGAAAAAAAAUCUAAGCAUAAGAUCUGCUAAAAGUGUGGCGCAAGCAAUGCUUUCAUCGCUGAGUUCCUACAUUUGGGGUGAGGCGGAGAGUGGCAGUCCCCUGGAAGAAGCCACGUUCACCAUCAACGGAAAGUCAUAUUCUGCCGACGCAAAAACGGUACCGAUUGACACCUCCCUCAAUACCUUCAUUCGCAACCAUGCGCACCUCAGUGGCACCAAGUUCAUGUGCCUGGAGGGUGGCUGCGGAGCAUGUGUCGUCAACGUGAACGGUGUCCAUCCGGUCACCAAGGAGAAGGCUUCGUGGGCUGUCAACUCGUGCCUCUUCCCGGUCUUCGCCUGCCAUGGGUUGGACAUCCUGACUAUCGAGGGUAUCGGUGGGAAAAAGGAUGGCUACCAUCCUGCGCAGCAGCGUUUGGCACAUUUCAACGGAACCCAGUGUGGGUACUGCUCGCCGGGAAUGGUGAUGAACAUGUACAGCUUGCUCGAGUCCAAGAAAGGUCAAGUUUCAAUGCAGGAAAUUGAGAAUUCCUUCGGUGGAAACAUCUGUCGUUGUACCGGCUAUCGACCGAUUCUGGACGCCUUCAAGUCACUGGCGGUUGAUGCGGACGAGAAGCUGGUCAAGGCUUGCCAGGACAUUGAAGACCUGCCGAAGGUUUGUCCGAAGACGGGGACGGAAUGUGCCGGCAAGUGUUCCUCGGGUGGACAGAAACUGCUGCCGAGACAGCCGGUUCGUAUGGUAUUCGAAAAUGGAAGCGAGUGGCACAAGGUGAACAAUAUGAAUGAAGUUUUUGCCAUUUUCGAACAAAUUGGUGAAAAGCCGUACAUGCUUGUCGCUGGAAACACUGCUCAUGGAGUUUACCGUCGCAGUGAACAUCUUCAGGUUUUCAUUGACGUCAACUCGGUUGAUGAACUGCAUGCUCAUUCGCUGGGAAACGAGUUGGUCGUCGGGGGAAAUGUGUCGCUUACGGAAUUCAUGGAUAUUUUAACGGAUGCAGCUAAUAAGAAUGACAAGUUUGGGUACUGCAAGGAGCUGGUGAAGCACAUUGAUCUGAUUGCAAACGUCCCGGUGCGUAAUUCAGGAACGAUUGCCGGAAAUCUCAGUAUAAAAAACCAGCACCACGAGUUUCCUUCCGAUACCUAUCUAAUUUUGGAAGCAGUUUGCGCUAUGCUGACAAUUGUCGAAUCCGGCGGCAAAACGACCACUGUCAGCCCAUUGAAUUUCGUCCAGAUGGACAUGAAGAAGAAAGUGAUCAAAAAUGUGAUUCUUCCGGCACUGGAUCCAGCGGUUCACUUCUUCCGAUCGUUCAAGAUCAUGCCACGGGCCCAAAAUGCUCACGCAUACGUCAACGGGGCAUUCCUGGUAAAGACAAAGGCUGGCAACGACAGCUUGGAGUUGGCUCGGAUCUGUUUCGGUGGAAUCAAUCCCAAUUUCACCCAUGCUACGAACACCGAAAAAAUGUUGGUAGGAAAGAAUCUGUUCAACAACGACACCGUACAGUCUGCGAUCGGUUCCCUGGCAGCCGAGCUGGAUCCGGACUGGGUCCUUCCGGAUGCCUCUAUGGAAUACCGGAAGAAUCUCGCCAUUUCCCUGUUUUACAAGUUCAUCCUUGCCGUAGUCCCAGAAGGCCAAUAUAGCAUGAAGCCGCAGUACAAAUCCGGUGGAACCGUUAUGGAGCGACCUCUUUCAUCCGGCAAACAAACUUUCGAUACCAUCGAGAAAAAUUGGCCGCUCACGAAGAACGUCCCCAAGAUUGAAGCUCUGAAUCAGACGGCUGGAGAAGCAAAGUACGCCAAUGAUCUAGCGCCGCAACCGGGAGAGCUGUACGCUGCGUUUGUACUGGCUACGCAAGCUCACUCCCGGAUCGCCAAGAUGGAUGCUUCCGAUGCGUUGAAAAUGCCCGGUGUAGUAGCUUUCUAUUCGGCAAAAGACAUCCCCGGUACCAACAAUUUCAUGCCGGCUGGACUGGGAAACGAAGACGUCGAGGAGAUCUUCUGCAGCGGAGAAGUUCAAUUCCAUAGUCAACCGGCUGGUAUCGUAGUUGCUGAAACGUUCAACCAAGCCCAAAAGGCGGCCAAAGCCGUGAUCAUAACCUAUGAAAAGACCAGCAACCGUCCACUCUAUCCUACUUUGAAAUCGGUGAUGGAUGUCGAUGCUCGAGAUCGCUUCUACGACAUGUCGUUUGACAAUAAAGGCAAAGGAUACAGAGUAGCUCAAGCAGCCACGGCUACGAAGACAGUAAAGGGACGUUUCGAGAUUGCCGGUCAGUACCACUUCACAAUGGAAACGCAAACCUGCGUUUGCGUCCCCAUAGAGGACGGUAUGGAUGUGUAUUCUUCCACCCAGUGGAUGGACCUGACACAAGUCGCGAUCGCAGAAUCCAUAAAAGUCCCCCUAAAUAGCCUCAACAUGUACGUUCGCCGUUUGGGUGGAGCGUACGGUGCCAAGAUUUCCCGUGGGACACAAAUAGCCUGCGCCUGCGCUCUGGCCGCUCACCUUCUGCAAAGAACUGUACGGUUUGUCCUGACCAUUGAAACCAAUAUGUCGGCGAUUGGUAAACGGUACGGUUGCAUCAGCGAUUACGACGUAGACGUCGAGACGAACGGUAAGAUAACGAAAAUGAACAACACCUACGUGCAGGAUUACGGUGCUUCGUUGAACGAAUCGGCACAGAGCGCAACUACUGAGUUCUUCAAAAAUUGCUACGAUGCGAAGACGUGGAAGAUCGUUGGAAAAGCAGUGAAGACCGAUGCACCAAGCAACACCUGGUGUCGAGCCCCAGGAACAACUGAAGGCGUUGCCAUGAUCGAGAACAUCAUGGAACAUAUUGCUUACGAGACCGGGAAAGAUCCCCUGGAAGUUCGUUUGGCAAACAUGACGGCUGACAAUAAGAUGAAAACGCUGAUGCCACAGUUCCGAAGUGAUGUAAAGUAUGACGAUCGUAAGCGAGCUAUCGACGAGUUCAACGCUAGUAAUCGCUGGAAGAAGCGAGGAAUUGCCAUCGUACCGAUGCAGUAUUGGUUGGACUACUUCGGACAGCUGAACGCGAUUGUGUCGAUCUAUGCCGGUGAUGGCACGGUGUCGGUUACUCAUGGUGGCAUCGAGAUGGGGCAGGGUAUGAACACAAAAGUAGCCCAAGUGACAGCGUACACCUUGGGAAUUCCAUUGGAGAAGGUCAGCGUUAAACCGUCCACUAGUUUGACGUCACCGAAUGCUAUCGUUACGGGCGGUAGCAUGACGAGCGAAGCUGUUUGCUACGCCGUCAAGAAAGCAUGUGACAUGUUACUGCAGCGAAUGAAACCCGUCCGGGAUGAAAACCCAGGUGCUCCAUGGGAGAUGAUCGCCAAGCUGUCCUAUGUGAAAAAUAUCGACCUAUGUGCGGAAGCUCAGUACAAGGCGGAAGAUCUCAAAGGCUACUACAUCUGGGGUCUGAGCUGUGCCGAGGUAGAAGUGGACAUUCUUACCGGAAACUUACAAGUGUCACGAGUGGACAUUUUAGAAGACACGGGUGAAAGCAUGAGCCCUGGAAUCGACGUGGGACAAAUUGAAGGUGCAUUCGUGAUGGGUAUUGGUUACUAUCUGACCGAGGCCUUGGUCUACGAUAGCGAAUCCGGUGCGCUCUUAACGAACCGCACAUGGACUUACAAACCACCCGGUGCCAAGGAUAUUCCGAUUGAUUUUCGUGUCAACUUCCUGCACAACAGUGCCAACCCGGCUGGAGUUUUGCGAUCGAAGGCCACCGGGGAACCGGCCCUGAAUAUGACCAUUGUGGUGCUCUUUGCAUUGCGAUAUGCUCUCCGAUCUGCCAGGGCGGAUGCCGGUCUACCGGGCAGUUGGAUUGCGCUGGGAACGCCAACUACUCCUGAUCAGGUGUAUUUGCUCGCUGGAAACAAUAUGGGACAGUACAUGUUGAACUGAGCGCCAACUGGGGUUUUGGUUUUUUCUAGAGUUAGGAUAUUCGAUUGGUGCUGGUAUUUUAGACCGUUAAGUGUAGUUAUUCUCGAUUACUUUUUCGACGGGACCGUAUAGCUUUUGAAAACAAGGCAUUUAAUCGUUGAUUUAGCGUAACUGGUAGCUCGCCCACGCAAACUAACACCACUAUCAGGUAGGGGAAAAUUUCCCCUAUCUGAUGAUAGAGUUAGUAUGCGGGGGUGAGCUACCAGUUACGCCAAAUCGGCGAUCAACUGCAUUGUGUACAAAAACUGAUACGUCCCUUCGAAAAAGUAAUCGAGAAUUGAUCAUACUGAAUAAAUAUAAGAUCAAGGUGUGAUAUGCCGUUGCAUUUUUGAACUCCUGAAAGAAUCCUCUGAUAUUUACGCACCAGGCACCACCAGUUAAAUCAUCAUGUACAUCUUGUAAAAUUGUUUUCUACCACAGAGCAACCGCAAAUUCGAUCAAUUCAACGAAGUUUUGCGAUGACACAUAGAGUGAAUGCAAGCUAUCACGACGAAGUCGCUUCCCUUCGUAAUAUUGUUGGUGCUUUAGAAGAAAUUUUUCAAGCAUUUCAAUCGUAACUAUUCAAAUCGACGUAUCUGAUUUUGUAAACAAUCACUUCAAUCGACGAUUCGUGGCAACUGGUAGCUCACUCACAGAAACUAACAAACCCAGCUAGAAGGAGGAAGAUUCCCCUACCUGAUGAUGGUGUUUGUUUGCGUGGGUGAGUUAGCAGUUAAGACAAACCGUCGAUUGAAGUGAUUGUUUACAAAAGCAGAUGCGUCGAUUUGAAUAGUUACGCUAGAUUUACUAUCAAAAUGGAGCAAGCGCUGGAAAGGCGAGAUGCUAUUGGA